AUGCCGCGCCUCCAGCUUCCUAGCAGCUUUGGAGGCUCACGCACUGCACGCAUUGUAGCCCUCGCUGCCGUUGGCACCGUCUCGACCUACGCUCUCGUCAAGAUUGCGAAGCAUCUCAGCCGCUCCAAUAGCCCUCUCGCAUCCAGCCUCAAGUUCGGCCUCCGCCGCCCCCACUAUACGCUCGACUCCAAAGACCGCCUCUACCUCGCCGACGUCGCUAAUGGCAAGGACCGUCGAUCCCGCGCACCUCGACAACAGAAGUCGCUGCCUUGGUAUGGCCAAGGCAUGGAUGCGGAGUACGACAUUGAUCUCUGGGGUGUUAAAGAGCACGGUGUAGCGGUGACGACAUACCUGAAUGCGCUGUUUUAUCUCGCGAUCCCGCGAUCAAUGGGCGCCCCUGGCCAGCUAUCCUUCGAUACAGCGCCGACUGCCGCUGUCGACAGCAAUAUCCCCGACAAGACCGUAUACUCUUUGGCCGCAUUGAAGCGGCUCGCCAUCCGCCACCUACAGCACCGUACUCCACGCACCCAUCAACUUCUGCUCGGGUGGUACAUCGAGGAGCCUCCCACUUUCGAUUGGCAGAAGCUUAACUUCGUAAUCGACCUCCACAUCGGCAUGAAGUUCAACAUCGUUCCCCGCGGGUUCCUCGACGCCGUUAUCUACAACCUUAGGGACAUCGCACCCCGCGAGCCCCACGAAGAAACUCCGUGGUAUUCUCGCUACUACCUCCCGCGCGACCUUGGCAUAACUCCAUGCAGCGAUAGCGCACUGAAGGAGUUAGAAGCAGAAUAUGGACCCCUGCCUACGCAGAUCGACUGGCAUCCUGUGCCCAUCCCUGGCCUUGCUGCUCGUAGCUCGGAGAACAAGCUCACCAUGGCGGCCUACGGUCGCGGGCAGGCAUCUAUGGCCGCUCUGGUACGUGAGCGCGUUGAGAAAGGAGAAUCGUAUCAUUCGGACGGCUUUGUCGAUAUCGAAGAAGGCGACGAUUACUUUUCGUAUCAUAUCUUCCAGGCCACCGUCUGUGAGAAAUUGCGGAAAGAAGUGGAAGCGUUCGAGCAGAAGCAACUGCAACUACAACUACAGCAGCAAUCCCGGGCUGAGCAACAACCCAGCAACUCCUCAUCUUCCAAAUCAAGUCAGAACCGCUCGCGCCCGUCCUCCAAACCGUCCUCAGGCUCAUCCCAGAGCGAACAAGAGCCCCCAACAACCGCCUUCGACAAGCAAGAACCUCACCGGGCCACCGCCCAGGAGUUCCACGCCGCCAAAGCACUCUACCACGCCCACGCGAAUCCCAACCAUCCCCCACGUCCACCUCCGGGCUUCACUCCCUCGCAGCCACACAAUCAUGUUAGCACUGCGCCCUCCACACCUCCAGGCUUCCCCAGCCGCGCGCGAGGCGCAAACAAGAUCCUAUUCGUCCCUGGCCUCUACCUGCACGAGGAUCUGGAAGAGGACUUGAAGAAGGGUAGCAAGGCACGACCGCUGACGCUGCAGCGGUAUAGGCUGCUAGACCGGGGUGGAUACUUCCAGAAAGCGACGAAACCAUCGCUCGAAACGCGAAUUCGGAGACGACUUCAGGCUCGGGUAGUUACCUACCGGCGCUAG